AUAGACAUGGUUUGAAAAGGUAUUGGUAAUAUUUAAUUCAAUACAUAAAUGUGUAGGUUGCUAAACAUACCCUGUCCCACGGCUCAACUUACCCCAUACCUGGGCUAACUUGUGCCAAGAGACUACUUUUUGGGGGGGACAAGCUAUGUUUACAUUAAUUCUGAUCAUUUCCAGGGAUAUACAACAUCCUGAAGUAUAUCUAGAUAUCUUUGUUACAAAUAAUACUAUAUUUCACUUGAUGGAGUGAUGCUGAAUGUAAAACAAAAUGGCUUACCCCACUCUCCCCUACAAACGCUACCUCUGCAACGCUUGAACCUCAUGAAACCCAAAAAGCAAUAUCCUGUUUUUAUGUUAUAAUCCUUCCAUGUAGGAUGAUAACGUUUGUUUUGUUACGAUUGAACAGAGUUUACCCUGUUUAUAUUUCCCUAUCAAUGAGCACUCUUCAUUUAAGAUGAACCAUCUGCGUUAUAACACCGACAUGUUUAUUGCACAGACAGCUUAUACAUGGUUGCUUAUUGUACUUGAAGCAGUCUGACAGCAUGCAGGUUUCGCAAUCUCGUUAAUGGUCCUCUAAAUGUUUCCUCUGAGUGGCUAGAAGGAAAUGCAGUAUUGGACUACUUCAACACAGUAUAAUGACAGUAUAUCAACCAGUUACUGUGAGCAGACAUCUCACUUUCACAUCUCACUUUCACAAGAAUACUUGUAAAACAAUGAGGGUAACCAGUAACUUCUGCUGUAUUUUUCUUUGGUUCCUGAUUUAUGUCGUUUAGGAUGUUUGUUUGACUAACAUAGAUUUAACUUACCAGAAAUGACAUUUUAUAUUGUAGGCCUACUGAAAAUCCCUCAACUUGUUAACCCAGGUUAGGGGUUCUCAAAUACUAUUUGUGAAAGUCCGGUUACACAAAUUUGAUAGGUGGCAAAAGGUCCGGCUGGAUAUUGUUAUUUAUCAGAGUGACUCAAACGUUACAACAAAAUCAAGACUAAGUUGAAAGCCCAAUGGAGUUCCUUAAACAUUAUGAUUCAAUUUUUUUCAGGACCCACGGUCCGUAUUGACCCCGUUCUGGUCCGCCUAUGGAGUAUGCCUGGAAAAUACAGAAGGAAAUUCAUACCUAAAAUUAGAAGUUCUAUUACAGAUAAAUGGAUUAUCUCUUGAAAAUAACGUACUGCUUGAGAAAUCUGUGCUCUACGAACUGAACCAAAAAGGAGUACUAAAACUUAACGCUAGGAAACAAACACAGCGUCAAUGCCAGUAAGUCUGCUCACCCACAUUUAGUCUAUUUACACAAAAAGCCACACAGUAUCAAAACCAGUAAGUCUUGCUCAGGGGGUGCAAUGCACCCACAUGAGAGAGUCCAUUGGCCUGCUUUGGAUGAGGGGUGUGUCCGGGUUUGCAAGUGUUGCCUUGCUGCCACCUUUUGGUUUGUGUAGACAACUGUAUAGCUUAGCUUGCCAGGCUCAUGUAGAAGACACAUGGCUAGAAACAAUACUCACUACAAUAAUACUAACUACAGUAACAGGGAGGAAAAUAGUACACGCACACACACACACUAAUAAGCUCUCCCUAACCUUAUUGUUCUGUAGGAGAAAGGAAGUGCAACUUGAGAAGUGGAACAUGACAUGACAGACAUGAGGUUAAAACCGCUUGUAGAGGUUAACUGAGGCUACUGUGUACUGUAUGUGUCCACUCUUUCUCUCUCUCUCUCUUAUUACCUCUCUCUCUGUCUCUGUCUAUCUGUAUCUCUCUGUCUAUCUGUGUCUCUGUCUCAAUUCAAAGGGCUUUAUUGACAUGGAAAACAUCUUUACAAUGUCAAAGCAAGUGGAACGGAUAAACAAAAGUGAAACAAAAUCAGAAAUUACCAGUUAACAUUACACUCACAAAAGAUUAAAAAUAAUAGAGACAUUUCACAUGUUUUAUGUACAGUGUUGUAACAAUGUGCAUACAGUCUCUCUCUCUCUCAGUUAGAGAUAACACAACCUCUGUGAUCAGAUAGCAGGACAAUGUGCCUGGUGGACUAAAGAACUCCGGCCCAGGUCCUACUGUAAAUCUAUUUACCCACAGUAGGCUAAACGAACCCCUGUAGGCCUGCAUGAGAGGUGUCACCACCACCUUAGCCAGGAUAUUCUGACCACUUCACUUUGGGUUUGGACAACAACUGCUCACAAAUGAGUGAAAUGCCUGUUAAGUGAUUGGUGUAAGUGUUUUCCAAGCGGUGGGCACUCCACUACAUCUCUGAUUUAUAAAGUGGAACACAUUCCAGCUCCAGCCCACUCUACCCUACUGAGAUUAGGACACUAGUGUCCUGUUUGAAAAGCAUCUCCAUGUUGUUCUAAUAGUUCCACCACAGUUAGAACAAUGAGCCAGAAAUGUAACCGGAUGUAUAAAUGUGAAGCAUCCGCUUGGCGUUUCCACUCACUACCAAAUAUGGUAACGAGAGGAAGCCCAGUGGGAUCAGAUGGAGCGAGAUGGAUUUUUGCUUACUUUUUGCACAUAAUCUCGUCGAUUACCCCCCCCCCCCCACCCCCACAAAAAAAUAACAUAUUACAACCUAUGUAUUGUGAUAAUUGCAUUGUUUGCUCUAUAACCUGUUAAUUCAUAUGCCGUGCAACUGAUAUAAAGGCCUAAAGGGUGAGACAAUAAGAAGCACAGUGGCAGAAUAAAUUCAACCACACCUUUGUUUAAUCAUAGCAACCUCUGUCCAGUGAAGUCCACAAAGAAUAUACUGCAUGUGACAGACAGUUACAUGACCUACAGCAUGGUCAAGCAAGUUAAUGUUUCUGACAUUUCCGGACCACUAAACAACUAUUGAUUUAGAACCACAGAGAGUGACCAUAAAUUGCAAAGAAAACAGGAGCUGCCUCCACUAUUCCAGCACCAUUUCAACUUCAACAUUUCAACAUCAUCAAAUUACCUCUGCUUAGUCUAAUAAGGCGACAACUAGAAGAUACCAAAAACAAUUUAGAUCAAUCAAGGGAAGCUAAAUAUGAUGUGGCUGUCUAUGGUUCUGAUUUCUGUGUGGGUGUGUGUGUGUGCGCGUUCGUGCAAGCAUGUUGACUCAUCCUACUUGUAGAGAAACGCCAAUGCCAUCCUCCUCUCUUUCAUGUUGAUGAAACGAUCUACCACUCUGUCAUACAGUACACACUUUAUUUUGUUGUCCUAGGCUACCUGGCUAAAAUGCUUGCUUGCUGGCCUAACUUCCAUUCAUGGGACACGUUACCUAGUUAACAUUAGCCUUCUACAUCUAGCUACAUAUUGAACUUUCAUCCUCUCAGGCCAGGGGCACAACAAUGUAUGAACUAAUGGUUGGAUCAGAGUUGCUGUUAUAAUCAUUGGCCAGCACGGAGAAUUAAGUUAAACCACAAGUCCACAUCCCUAUCUCCAUCAAUGGCUAAUUUAGGAAAGGGCCCAUUUUAGCUAGCUAGCUAGCCUCCGGAGGACAACAACACAACCAGAUGCAACAAUUAAAGUUUUUCUGUCAAUGACGUAUGCUCUUAAUGGGAUUUGAUAGGAGUGACGCCAAAAUCCAAACUGGCUUCCAUUCACAGUUGAGCUGGCUCAGUUUAGCUCAACGCUGGUUGGCACAUUUUUUCUAAUCUGGUCUAUCUCUUUUAAAAUAUAUAUUUUUUAAAUUUAACCUUUAUUUAACUAGGCAAGUCAUGGGUUAGACUUGGGUUAGUUAUAUAAAUCACCGGUUCAGGGUGCUUAUAAUACAUGUCAUACAAACAUGAUGUAAAAUUAUUGACAAAAUGACAGAUGAUAGAAUUCACUGUUGAAUGGAUGUUGCCCAGUGAAGAAACAUUAUUUCACUUAAUUCAAUAAGAGUUAUAAUAGGCAUUGUGGUAGUUCAAUAACAGUAAUAAAAGUAUUACGCAAGUUCAUCUCCCACCCACUGGUGUCUUUGUGAUGGGAACACGGAGCAGUACAUAAGAGGUUGUGAGUGUCAAUUCGUUUUUAAUGUUCAACUGUUCUUUCCUUAUAAGGGCAGAUGACACAGCAGUGAUGCCAAUGUGGAGUGUGUCACCAUUACACCUUUUAGCAGUCUGAGGCACAAAUACUGUGAGUAUUUACACACUCUUCCACUGAUAAGGUGUUCUGACAUUGGCCCCUAAACAGGAAAUGUAGAAAAAAAGUCUCCAUUUCUAAAUGCCUACUGGACUGGCAUGACCAUACCACUGUAUUUUAUUUGAAUUGACCAUUACCGUUUUUUACACUGAUAUACACUGUAAGUUAGGCCCUCCUGAGGGCAGAUAAUGAACUAUAAUACUGUAUAUACAAGGCAUUUGAAUCUACUUCUCACUAGAUGUGUUUCAUCCAAUUCAUGUCUUCUAUUUCUGUACCAGUCAUUGAAUGGGAUGAACCAGUCAUUGUCUCCGUGUCAAUAUAUCAGUCAAUUAAUGUGUAUCUGAGUUGAGAAGAAAAUCACCCUUGAUGUAAUACAGAUUUGUCCUAUCACAAGUGAAAGAAGUAGUUAUGACUUUGGAACGGUAUUGACCUUCUUGAUAGCUUUACAGUUAAUCAGGGAACGUAGAAACGUGUGUAUUCUGAUAAGACAGGUACAAGCCCUACGCACAAGGCCAUUGGCACUGAUAUGAAAGUGGGUAGGGGACGCUUUGCCAUUCACCUUAAUAGGGGUGACAUUGGCUACACUUAAAAUAACACUGCCAUUUUGGGGCGGGUAGAGAAGGUGAAGGUGGUGCAGUAGUAUAUAAAGCUGAGCCAACAGUCUGGUCCUGCUCUGGAGGUUGGUGAUUUUACUGUGAGGAACGUCCCUAGUGAGGAUAUAAAGACGCUUCCAAGAUUUUGGGGGGAGAGAGGACUGAGCGUUGGACUUCAAUUGAUUUGGGCAGGCCCUCCACCAUGAGUAAAGGGGUAGGUGACCCAUUUGUGUGAUUAAUCCAAGCUCUGAUCAAAUUGUUGUGAAUUAAAUGAGAUUUUCCUUCAAUGAUCAAGGAUAUUGUAUAUUCACCCCCUAGCAAGAUGAUACAGGAUGUCAUCUCUUUGUCUCCAGGACUCUUACGACAUGUUUGAGAUGAAUGGAGAGGUGGACAUCAAGAUGAAGAAAAAGAAGAAGAUAAAGAAAAAGGAUAGGCUAGAGGGCAUGAAGAAGGAGAUGGACAUUGAUGACCACGAGAUCACAAUAGAAGAGCUAGAGAUGAGGUAUACCACCAGUGUUACCAAGGGCCUGACGUCCAGCAAAGCCGCGGAGGUUCUGGAGCGGGACGGCCCCAACGAACUGCUGCCCCCCAAAGGGACACCAGAGUACGUCAAAUUUGCCCGUCAGCUGGCCGGAGGGCUGCAGUGUCUGAUGUGGGUGGCAGCCGUCAUCUGCUUCAUUGCUUUCGGCAUCGAGUUCUCCAGGGGAACCCUCGGCUGCUUUGACGAUCUGUACCUCGCCAUCACUCUGAUCACUGUUGUUGUGGUGACUGGCUGUUUCGGUUACUACCAAGAGUUUAAGAGCACCAACAUCAUCGCCAGCUUCAAAAAUCUAGUGCCACAGCAAGCCCUGGUGAUCCGUGACGGGCAGAAGAACCAGAUCAAUGCCAUGGACCUGGUGGUGGGAGACCUGGUGGAGAUCAAGGGUGGUGACCGUGUGCCUGCUGACAUUCGCAUCAUCUUUGCCCAGGGCUGUAAGGUGGAUAACUCAUCCCUGACAGGAGAGUCAGAGCCCCAGAGCAAAACCCCGGAGUGUACCCACGAGAACCCCCUAGAGACCAAGAACAUCGCCUUCUUCUCCACCACCUGCCUGGAAGGAGUGGCCACAGGAACGGUCAUCAACACGGGUGACCGCACCAUCAUUGGUCGCAUUGCCAGCUUGGCGUCAGGCGUAGGCAAUGAGAAGACGCCAAUUGCCAUAGAGAUUGAGCACUUUGUUGACAUCAUUGCUGGGCUGGCCAUCUUCUUUGGCUUCACCUUCUUCGUGGUGGCCAUGUUUAUCGGCUAUGCCUUCCUGGAGGCUAUGAUCUUCUUCAUGGCCAUCGUGGUGGCCUAUGUACCUGAAGGGCUGCUGGCUACUGUCACUGUGUGUCUGUCGCUGACGGCCAAGCGUCUGGCCAGGAAGAACUGUGUGGUGAAGAACCUGGAGGCUGUGGAGACCCUGGGCUCCACCUCGGUCAUCUGCUCCGACAAGACGGGCACUCUGACCCAGAACAGGAUGACUGUGGCCCACCUGUGGUUUGACAAUGUGAUCCAUGCCGCAGACACCACAGAGGACCAAUCAGGUCAGAGCUUUGACCAAUCAUCCGAGACAUGGCGAUCGUUGGCAAGAGUGGCAGGACUCUGUAACCGGGCCAUCUUCAAACCCAACCAGGAGUCUCUGCCUAUUCCUAGGAGAAUAGUGGUGGGUGACGCCUCAGAGACGGCUCUGCUGAAGUUCACUGAGCUGGCCAUAGGGAACAUGAUGGAAUACAGGGAGCGAUUCAAGAAAGUUGUUGAAGUACCAUUCAACUCCACCAACAAGUUCCAGCUGUCAGUGCAUGAGUUGGAAGACCCCAUGGACCUGCGCUACCUGCUAGUGAUGAAGGGGGCGCCAGAGAGGAUCUUGGAGCGCUGCUCCACCAUCCUGAUCAGGGGCCAGGAGAUGCCCCUGGAUGAACAGUGGAGAGUGGCCUUCCAGACCGCAUACAUGGAUUUGGGGAGCCUGGGGGAGAGAGUGCUGGGUUUCUGUCACAUCUAUCUGAAUGAGAAUGAGUUCCCUCGUGGUUACAAGUUUGACUCCGAUGAGAUGAACUUCACCACGUCUGGUUUGUGUUUCGCUGGACUCAUCUCCAUGAUCGACCCGCCCCGCGCCACUGUGCCUGACGCUGUCAUGAAAUGUCGCACGGCUGGAAUAAGGGUAGUCAUGGUGACAGGCGACCACCCGAUCACGGCCAGAGCCAUCGCUGCGAACGUUGGCAUCAUCACAGAGGGCAGUGAGACAGUAGAGGACAUCGCGACCAGGAAACGCAUCCCAGUGGAGCAGGUCAACAGGAGGGACGCCCGUGCCUGUGUGAUCAGUGGUGGUCAGCUGAAGGACAUGAGCAGUGAAGAGCUGGACGAAGCGUUGAGGAGUCACCCUGAAAUGGUGUUCGCCCGCACCUCCCCCCAGCAGAAACUCAUCAUCGUGGAGAGCUGUCAGCGCCUGGGCUCCAUUGUGGCUGUGACAGGCGAUGGGGUGAACGACUCCCCUGCAUUGAAAAAGGCAGACAUUGGUAUUGCCAUGGGCAUAGCUGGCUCCGAUGCAGCUAAGAAUGCAGCUGACAUGAUUCUGCUGGAUGACAACUUUGCCUCCAUCGUCACAGGGGUGGAACAGGGCCGUCUGAUCUUUGACAACCUGAAGAAGUCCAUUGCGUACACACUGACCAAGAACAUUCCGGAGCUCACACCCUACCUCAUCUACAUCACUGUCAGUGUUCCUCUGCCAUUGGGCUGCAUCACCAUCCUCAUGAUCGAGCUGGCCACUGACAUUUUUCCCUCUGUGUCUCUGGCCUAUGAGAAGGCAGAGAGUGAUAUUAUGCAUCUGAAACCCAGGAACCCGCGUAAGGAUAGGUUGGUGAACGAAUCUCUGGCUGCCUACUCCUACUUCCAGAUUGGAGCGAUCCAGUCUUUCGCUGGUUUCACAGACUACUUUACAGCGAUGGCCCAGGAGGGCUGGUAUCCCCUGCUGUGUGUGGGGCUCAGGUCCCACUGGGAGGACGUCCAUCUGCAGGACCUGCAGGACAGCUAUGGCCAGGAGUGGACAUACGCCCAGCGUCUGUAUCAGCAGUACACCUGCUACACUGUCUUCUUCAUCAGUAUCGAGAUCUGCCAGAUCGCUGACGUGUUGAUCAGGAAAACCCGCCGUCUGUCCAUCUUCCAGCAGGGCUUCUUUAGGAACAAGGUGCUAGUGAGUGCCAUCGUCUUCCAGCUGUUACUGGGUAACCUGCUGUGCUACUGCCCAGGGAUGCCAAACAUUUUCAACUUCAUGCCCAUUAGGGGCCAAUGGUGGUUCGUUCCAAUCCCAUACGGAAUUCUAAUCUUUGUCUAUGACGAGAUCAGGAAGCUGGGGGUCAGAAGACAUCCAGGAAGUUGGUGGGACCAGGAGCUGUAUUAUUGAGAGAAGAGGGCAUAUAUCUAGACCAGAGACAAGGGUAUAAAGAUGCAGGUUAGCAUUUUCCGUCAUGAAUCUUGUUCUGGAGGCAGCUCUGCUCUGCAGUGGUCACUAGCUGGCACAGCCACAAAGUCAUAAUAUCAGAUUUGAAUUAUAACCCUAACCCAAACCACACUAGCAAAUGGCUAACCCUAAACUUAAAUUAAGACCGAAAAACAAAUUUUUGUUUUCAUUAUUUUUACAAUAUACCCAAUUUGACUUUGCAGCUGGCCUAAGAGGAGAUUUCUGUUAUGCCUCUAGGACAAGACUCAUGACUAUAAACGUCAACCUGCUAUACAGAGAAGUCUGGAUAGCAAACUGUCCUCCAUCUUGGUCCCAAACAUUCCAUUACAAUACAAUACAAUACAAUUUAAAUAUCAAACAAGGUUUGCCAAACUCUGUACAAGUAUAGCUCUGAAUAUCCUAAACCAUUCCUGAUAUGGAACCAAAUCUUAUACAUUGAAACAAUAACCAUGAAUUAUUUUGUGAUAUGUUUGUAAAGACACACAUCCAUGUUCUAAUACAAAAAAAAUAUAAUGCUUGAUGUGAGUUUGUCAUAUCAAUUUGAAUUUGGAAUCAUUUCCUUUUGUAAAUGUAGUAUGUGGAUGUCUGUGGGUGAUUGCCUUUUUAUGUAUAACAUCACACAUAUUUGCCGUCAAGGGUUCUUUCUUGGUGAUAAUGUUGGUGGUACAGUAGCCUAUAUGCAUUGUAUUUAUGUAUUUGUAUUAAUAAAGUGUG